AUGGCCUGGAUCCCGCCGCGGUCGCUGAUCCGGCACUUCGCGCGGCGGUGGCCGGACGUGUUGUGGGAGGUUGAGACGGACAAGAAAGUAGUCGCCCUCACCAUCGACGACGCGCCGUCCGAGCACACGCAGGAGAUCCUCGCCGUGCUCAACGGCCACGAGGCGACGGCCACCUUCUUCGUCAUCGGCGGCCAGGUGCCCGGGCGCGAGGAGACGCUGGCGGACAUCGUGCGCAGCGGCAGCGAGCUCGGCAACCACGCGAUGCACGACGAGCCGUCGCGCGCGCUGCCGGACGACGAGCUGACGGCCCAGAUCGAGGCCGUGCGCGACCGCAUCCGCGACGCCUACGCCACGGCCAACCUCGACCCGAACCCGCGCAUGCCGCCGCAGUACUUCCGCCCGGGCUCCGGCUUCUUCAGCGACCGCAUGCGCCGCCUCGUCGACAAGCUGGGCUACCGCCUCGUCCUCGGCAGCGUAUACCCGCACGACCCGCAGAUCAGCUGGCCCUGGCUCAACGCGCGACACGUGCUGAGCAUGGUGCGGCCCGGCGCUAUUAUUAUAUGCCACGACCGGAGGGGCUGGACGGCGCCGAUGCUGAGGAAGGUCCUGAAGCAGCUGAAGAAGGACGGUUACCGCGUGAUGAGCUUGACGGAGAUGUUGGAGGAGACGCGGCAGCGAUAG